AAAUGCCUCGAGACAAUUUUGCAACACAUGUUAAAAAUCCUACACGAGAAUUUUACACGAGGUGUCUUCUCACAUAACCUCUUCCGAUUCAAGGCAUACUCUUCACCAACGGUGGAUGUGGAAUAACAGCAAAAAAGGGAGAUACAUUUUUUAUCCUGUCUCGAAUUAGUCGAUGUAUGUGUGUUGUUUUUACAAUUGAAUUAAUCUCUCGAGAUGGGUAAGCAGAAGCGACAGCGAGGGAGGCCGCACAAGGAAAAUCCCACUGGACUGAUGUCCGUUAAGGAUUUCGAUGAAAUCGAGGAUUCUACGAAGGGAAAUAAAGAGUCGACUCUGCAAUAUCUUUACGAUGAGAUACAAUCGUGCAAUAUGGAAGAGAAACUGUCAGCUCUGCACACACUGGAAACAAUGGCCUGGGAUGCUUCUAUAGCAAGGCAAAUUGCUAAGGACGGGAUAACGAAGCUAGCCGGACCGUUGCUGCUUGAUAGUAAGGACAUGAUACGAGCGGCUGCUGCGGCUGCUUUCAAGCAAAUUGCUGAAAAUGGUGGAGAUCAGGCGCGUACUAAUCUAAUAGACGACGAUAUUAUGACUCCAUUGACUGCGUUAAUGAAACAACACUAUUCAAACUGCCUGUUCAACAGUGACCAUAAAAAUGUGAAAUAUCUGAGGGAGACUUACAUAGAAGCAGUCUCUUUGUUGUGGACAUUAUGCGAGAAUAAUGAGAAUGCAAUUAACUUCAUCAACGAGCAGGAACUGGUGUCAAUUUUAAUAAAAUACUUAGAUAUUAAUAUCUAUGAUAUGCCGAUUAUCAUCACUACUAUACAAUUUUUAAUAACUGUGAUAGAAGAUAACUCCAUUGCCAUCGAGCAAAUAAAGUCGAGCGAAGAGAAUUUACACGAUAUACUGGCGAAAAUGGUUGCAAAAAAUGCCAAGUCCAGUCCGGAAGCGUGGUUUGCAAGAAUCUCCUCGAUUUCAUUGUUAACCAAUAUAUGUGCCUGGGAUGACAUAUGCAAGUCUAAAUAUUUUAAUGUAUUUAUCAAAACACUCGAUGAGGUAUUCAGCUUUGAUAACAAACAGCUGUUGUCUAGCUUGGUGUCCAUUCUGCCGCACGAAAAGAAUGCCGAAUCCAAGAAUAACAGGAAGAAGGUGUUGGAAAGUAAAAUGUUGCUGAACACACAACAAUUGGCCUUAGAGAUUCUGAUGAACUUGGAAUCCAACAACGACGACGAGGAUGAUGAAAGCUUGAGCGUCGACGGUUCCGAGAAAAUGGAGGUGGAAUCCAAUGAAAUGGAGGCCGAUGAGGCGAGUGAGAAUCUGAAACGGUCGUUACCCGUGCACUUGGUCGAAGCUUUGAACCACUACAACAUAAUCGGCAAAAUUUGGGAGAAGACCGUCGCGGUGGACACCGACAGCCAAGAAAUAUUGGAUCAAACUGUGGAAGGGAAGAACGUGCUGAAGCAAUUUUCCGUUGUGCGGCAAAGAGCCUAUUUCUGUCUGAAUAAUAUACUACCCAAUUUCGACAUCGACGCUUUGGGAGGCGUCAACAAUUUGUACAGUAAAUGGUUGGAAAUCGGGAAUGCUGUGAUCAAGGAAAUCAGUCCGAAUGAAAAAGAGCUCCUGGAAGCAGCUGUCCACGCUAUGAGGGCGAUUGUCGAACGGCUGAACGACAUGCAGACGGACGUGUUCACGCAGCUGAGCGAGCCCGACUUUGAGAUUAUACUGAUGUGUGACAUGCAGACGCGAUGUGCCGACGCAAGCGUCCGCGUCAAUAUGAUAAGGAUUCUCGGCAAUGUGGCGUUGAACCUGACGAGAAACAUAACGCGAACUUACACAAUGACGAAGAAACUCGCCGAGAUAAUACUGAAUGAUUGUUCGAUACAAACGCAAGCGUGGCUCUUGGCGGAAUCUAUAGACGCGAUAAUGGACUUAUUCGCGGAUGACGAGACUGAUCGCUUAGCAGCCGACAUUCAUUUGGUAGAAAGGCUGAGAUCACUGGUACCAAUCUUCAGAAACAAGGUGAAACAACAGAAGAAAGAACUGAAAGACAGGAUGGACACGGUGCGGAUCGUAAACUCGAACAUAGCGAGAUUUAUACAGUAUAAAACGGAACGAGUAAGAAAACUUAGAUGAAGAAUCGAAUCGCUGCUGAACAUGCUUCGACAAUUUCCGUUGGAAAAAUCGUGCAAAUAACAUCUAAAUAAUAAAUAAUUUAUAAAACCUUU